AUGACUAUGACAACAUUAACACCAGAGGUAUCUGUAAUUGGCCAACCAACUGCACUGACCUUAAUGGAUGAAGCUGUAUCUAUAUGGACCUUAAUGGAUGAAGCUGCAUCUAUAUGGAGAGAAAUAUGCAAUGAGGUGGAGUAUCUUUACACACUGGUCUACCAAGCCCUUGAUUUUAUCUCCAGUAAGAAGCGGGAGAAGCAGCCCACGUCAGUCGGAGCGGAUGGGACCGAUGGGGAUGUCAGUGCCGGACCAGGAGCCGCAGCGGAGGAAGAAGAGUUCCUCUCCUUGGAUGACAUCCAGCAGGCCAGCAGAGCCAACAUGGAGCUGAGAGACGACCAACAACACAACACGGUUCCCAUCGUGCCCUUGACCCCCAUGGCCCUGGUUCCCCCCGAAGAGUCGGAAAAGAAGGACAACCCCCUCUUUAGCCGGAAGGGAGAGCUGCUGGCCAGCAGGAAGGACUUCCGGAUGAAUACCUGCACCCCCCACCACAACGGGCUCUUCGUCCUGGAACUGGCAGGCCUCUCGCCCACUCAGUGCCAGGAGGGCAGGGACAGUGUUCGGAGCCUGGCUCCCACAGCUGGCUCCAUGCCCAUGGAGAGCGCCCCCCGGAGCAAAGGGUAUGCGUUGCGGGAGAGGCUCCCUGCCCUGGAUGCCAAUCCCCACCUCAAGGACACGUGGGACCCCUGGCGCAGCCUCGACCCCUUCAGCUCCUCCGAAGACAAACCCUUCAAGAAAGGAAGACCCUUCACUGUGCCCCGCGGCCUGGAAGAUUGGUCUCGCGCCAAACGCAAGAGACGUCCCUCCGGCAAGCUGGAAGAUUUCGUCUCGUGGUUUUCGUCCUCCGACCUGGAGGUCCUGUAUUGGAGGAACAUGAAGGAGCGCCUGGCGGCCCAGAGGAGGCUGCAGAAGAGGAUGGGCCUGCAUCUGGAGGCGCAGUUGGAGGAGCUUGGCGCUCAUGAGAUGGACCGGGAGGAGGAGGAGGAGGAGGACUUGGACGCUGCGGCUGCUGCCGACGAUGGGCCAGAUCCUGGUGGAAUCCCCUCUUCCCUGAGCUACGAGGAGCUGGUCAACAGGAACGUGGAGCUCUUCAUGGCCCACUCCCAGAAGUACGCCCGGGAGACGGUGCUGUCCCGGAGGGUCCGCGACUGGGAGGAGAUGAUGGGCCCGCAGCUGGAGGAACAGGAAGCCCGCGCCGCCUUCGACAUCCACAAGUACGGAGACCAGCUGGUGUCCCGGUUCAGCCGCGUGGGCGAGUGGCAUUCCUUUGCCAGCCUGAUGGCAGGGCAGCCGGCCUUUGAGAUCUGCCGGGCCAUGUUGGCCUCCCUGCAGCUGGCCAACGACUACACGGUGGAAAUCUCGCAAGGGCCAGGCCUGGAAGAAGCCGUCGACACCAUGGCGCUGCGGCUCUUGACCCAGGAAAAGGCCCACCAGCGCUUCCACACAUACACGGCCCCCUCGCUCAGCAAGCAGUGACGCCUCUCCUCUGCGCCUGUAUCUGUGUACAUAUGUACAUAUAUAUAUAUAUUUAUAUAUAUUUGCAUGUAUGUAAAUGUUAU